UGGCUCGUGCAUUAGUUUAUUUUUUGAAAAAUUCUAAAAAGAAAAUUGAUAUUAAAGAGUCGACUAUUCUUUUAUUUCUCCACUGGUCAAUAUAAACUUGAUACAUAUAUUUCUAUAGGCAAAACGAGACAUAGUCCACUUUAUAUUGUACUAGAAUAGCAGGUGCACACGCUCGUGCGGGCUUUUAUUGAUUUCGAUUAUUGAGAUUAUUAUUGUGAUUGACUCGAGCACUAAAGGUUGUCACUUGGUGCAUUUUUAAUAUUUUGUGUUGGAAAUUUGUGUCUUGCGCAUUACGUAUUUAAUUCUUUUGUCCUGGACAGGAGGUGUCUGCUGCAUGUAGUCUAGAGGUAUUCAAAGAAAUUUAAAUGGCAACGAGAUUAUUGCUCCCGCCUCCAUGAAAGAGCCAGUGUUAGUGCUAGCCAUGUAAAAAUUUACAAUGGAGGAUAAUGAGAUACCACAAAGAGUAGUUGAUUACUUUGUUGUUGCUGGUUUGGGAAAGAAUGCCAAGAGAAUUUUGGAAAAAGAAGGAACAGUUGUUGAUCCUAUAACUGAUGUAACUGUGAUAUUUAAGAGUAAAGGGGAAACUGCACCUGAUGGAUUUACCUGCAUUGAAACAACACCUGGAGGGCUCCCCGCUGACCUGAACUCAGGAGCCAUUCGUGGUGAAUCAUGUUUUCUUUGCUAUCGUAGAGGAAGAGAUAAGCCACCAAUAGUUGACAUUGGUGUUUUGUAUGAGGGGAAAGAAAGACUAAUUGAAGGCUGUGAUAUCCUUGAUACAACUCCACAAGGACAUUCUGCUAACAUUAGUGAUAGUAUCAACAACAGAAUAUUCAUCACAUAUAGAAGAUCAUCAGCUAAACUUACCCACACAUCAUUGGCAGUCACUCACAUUAAUGUCAUUAUAGCAAGCAAGGGUGAAAAAACGCCACAUGCCUUUUGCCUGAUACAAAAAAAUCUUAAUAAAGGAAUGAUGAGCUCUGAUGUAUUUCUCUGCUACAGAAAAUCUCUUGCCAGACCACAUUGCAUCACCUUUGAAGCUAAGACAUUGAGUCGAUAUCCCAAAAGUGAUGUUGCUGGAUUUCCUUUGCCAGAUCAGGUUCCACAAUUCUGCUUACCUAUGGGUGCCAUUGUUGAAUGUUGGCCAAGAAAGUCACCACAUCCUUUGCCCAUAUUUUCUAUUUUUAUAUUAACUGGUAGUAAAGGACAAAAGAUCUAUGGAGCUGUUGUGACAUUUUUUGAAGAGCUCCCUGAAGAAGACGUUACCCAGGAAAUGAUGAAUGAUUUAAAGAUUUCAACUCAUGACAAAGAUUUAGGAGAUUUAAGACAAAUUGUCCAUUCUAAUAAAUCUAUCUGUGUUCUGUCACAUUGGCCUUUUUUUGAAGCCUUCAAGAAGUUUCUGUCAUCAUUAUACAGAAUUUCUGUAUCAACUCAACCUAUUCCUUUAGAAAGAUAUAUUUCACAUUUUAUGCUUAAUGUUCCAUUUCCUUCACCACAAAGACCAAGAAUUCUUGUUCAGAUGAACCUCUAUGAACCAUUUGAAAUAUGUCAGCCAUACUCAACAAGUUUACCAAUCAAUGGAGCGUCAUUCUCAGCCUUGUUACGUUGGCUUGGUCCUGAGAAUUCAAUCAAGUUAUUUUAUUAUGUUUUAACGGAACAUAAACUACUUAUUCAUUCACUUCGUGCUGCCUUACUGACGAGUGUUGCAGAAGCUUUAGUUAGUGUCAUCUUCCCAUUCUCCUGGCAAUGUCCUUAUAUACCUCUCUGUCCUGUUGCAUUGUCUGAUGUGCUCAAUGCUCCAGUUCCACCUGAUGAAGUAAUAUGUGUUGAUUUGGAUACAAACAUGAUAUCACCCAUCCAUGACGUGAAUCCUUUUUCUUGGAAAACAUUUCCAAAGAAACCAGGAAAGGCUUUGCUGGAAAAACUUCAAACGCAAUACUCAAAACUGCACCAACUUUGCCGUGGCGAUUCUGGUGCUAUUUCCGAAAAUGCGAUAGAGUUGGCUCCUUUGGAACACGAUUCGUCUUACGCAAAGAAGAGAUUGAAUAUCGAGGUGGCCAUUCAAGAAGCAUUUCUUCGAUUCAACAUCACUGUUUUAAAAGGAUACAGAACUUUUUUAAAGCCUAUCGUUGAAGCGCCAAAAAAUAUGGCAGAUCUUAGCCAAGACUCGCUGUUUAAUUUGCAAGGUUUUUUAAAGACAAGACCAAGCUCAUUUCAUAAGUUUUUUCAAAUCCUUACGAAGACUCAGCUGUUUUCUAGGUUCAUUGAGCAGCGAUCUUUUGUUUCAUCUCAAGACCCAUACUUACAGUUUUACGAUGAAUGCUGUGAAAAGGCCGAAACUGAUAAAACUCUCAUUGAAAUUGAUAAUUACAUGAGCAAUAAUCGAACUUACGUUGUUACUCCUUUGGCUGCCAGUGAAAAGAACGAGAACAAAAUGUAUAGCUAUCCAACAUUUCCUGCUUUGCAAGAUGAACUACUGUCAAUGGAGAACGCACAGCCUGUCCCUUUAGCUGUAUCGACUCCAUCACCUGCUUAUGGCAGACGUACCCCUAAAGAGCGACAUCAAUCUGUUCAGAGCAUAAAAAAGUUUCAAAAGUCACCAGUGUUAUGGGCAAGUUGCCUUCUGGCAUAUUGCUACAGUAUUUGGUUUAUUCAUCUUCCUGCGUAUGUGAGAUCAUACCAUAACAAAGCCAAAGCUCUUCUUGAUGCAUACGAAGUGCUUUGUAAAAUGCAGAAAGAGAAAGUUCAACUUCCAGAUGAGGUGUGUUAUCGUAUAUUGAUGCAGUUAUGUGGUCAAUACGAUCAUCCAGCUUUGGCUGUCAAGGCAUACUGUGAAAUGAAAAGACAAGGCAUCGAGCCAAAUGCUGUCACCUAUGGAUACUACAAUAAGGCUGUUUUUGAAGGCAAAUGGCCAUCAACGUCGACCAGCUUUCAUAGAUGGCGUCGCAUGUUUCAUUUCAUCUCCUCUGUCAAUUACCUUUUGAAAAUUCACGAACGCAAACGUCAAACUGAAACAAAAACGUAUUUAUUCGGCGAAGAAGGAGAGGCUCAUAACUCUGUAUUUGAGGUUUCAAACUCUCACGACAGUGGUAUUGAUGACAUUGAUCCUUUUAGCUCAUCUAGAGCGCAAUCGAAAGGUCGCAAUCGAAUUUCGCAGUCUUUGUCGCAGAUUGAUCUUACUGAUGGUUUUCCAAAAAUAAAUCUAGGACGAACAUGUAGUACUGCUUCGUCAGACCUCAGUAAUUCAUCACAAUGUCAGCUUUUUGUCACAAGUGACACGGAUAAUCAAUCUAACGGCGAAGGAUACCAGGAUACAACGUCAGGUAUAGAUUAUGUCGAUUGGCGAAGUCAUUGUGGCAUGGUACCACGUGAUAUUUCGUUUGAAGCACUGAUCUGCAGUUGUAAUCCAUGUAAGGACUGCGAGCGAUACAUUUAUGACGAGGAAAUUAUGGCGGGCUGGGUUUCUGAUGAUUCCAACUUAAACACAAGCUGUCCAUACUGUUCAACAACCCAAGCUGUUUCGCUGAUCAUCAAAAUUAAAGAUUACAGGGACUGUUUUUCAAGAGAAGGAAGUAAUCUCUCUUCCACUUCUUCAAGUUUCAAUAGCAGCGAGUAUUUAUCCAUAAGUGGUAUUCACACCACGUCCAAUCCUUGCCUCGCUAUCCCAACCCAUGAAAUCGCCAAACGAGCUGUGCACGGGGGCGAUUCACCUGGUUUGAUAAGGUCAUUUUCUCCCCCUGGCAUUACACUUCCGGUGAGCAUUGGCAAGAAAAAUAAGAAUCGUUAUCCUCUCAGCGCACCAUGUAGUGCUAACAACAGUCCUGGAUCAGGUCUACUUCAAGGUAGUCCCAAACCACGAAAUCGUUUGUCAAUUUCACGUUCUAACAGUAUACCUGGCAUAGGCAGUCAAAACAGUUUAUUUGCAAUGCCAGAAGAAAGGGAUGUGAUAUCAGUGAACUAUGUCAGUCCUCUAGUGUUGAGGAAAGAAUUGGAGAAUCUCAUGGAUAAUGAGGGUGUUGAUGCUUUAGAAUCCCCUGCUAUGAUUAAGGAGAAGCCCGUAAUAUUUUGGAAUAUGGUGUGGUAUUUUCGACGACUUAAUUUACCAACUCAUUUAAAUGGUCAUAUUUACGGUAAUUAUGCUGAAGAUGAUCCCUUAGAUCGUUCAAAGGAUAUUGAUAGUCAGAUAAUUGUAUCUACAUCAUGGGAUGCAGAAAGACCUGCUAACGAUGAUCAUAUACCUUUGUAUGUCUUAUGGAAUGUCCCAGCUCAAGAGCAUCAAAAUCCGACUGUCGACGAAAAAUCAUGGACACCUAGAAGUGUUGUACAAUCUGUUGUUGCUCAUAUAAAGAAGAGCGACAUUGCCAGUCCAUUUGAUUGUCUUUUUGAAGAAAGAAAUCGUCAGAAACUUAUAAACCCUAACAUACAAUGGAGCAUUUAUAGAGAAAUGUUAUUUCUAUCAUUAAUGGCUUGUGGUACGGACAACAUUGAUAUUGAAGCAUUUGACAACGAGUACAAGCGUAUUUAUCGCUCUCUACAUGGGAACGCAAGCAAUCGAUCGUAUUAUACAAACAGAGAUGAUCGAUCACUACCUUCACGUGCAAUUUGCUGUAGACGAACGUUUAAACCUCCGACUUUACAACCCAGAUUGCCUCAUAGUCAAUAUUUUCUAAGUCAAGGUCUUAUUAAUGAAGGUUGACCAUUAAAAUAUUAUUGUCUUCUAUUUAUACUUUGUGAUGUAAUGGUCAUUCAGGUUUGGGCAGAAUAUCAUUCAAAUAGUCUGAUGUCCUUGUACUUGAUUGGUUGAAAUUGAUUAAUCGCUAAUAUUACAUGCA